CUUCUUUAAUUGCCAGAGUAAACUCAAGAUGACCUCAAUAGAGAAUAGCACAGAAGUGACAACGUUCAUCCUCUUAGGAUUAACAGAUGACCUCAAACUUCAGGUUCCCCUUCUUCUUGUAUUUUUGUUCAUCUAUCUCAUCACUCUCGUUGGGAAUUGGGGGAUCAUGGUGAUAAUCCACUCGGACUCCCGCCUUCACACUCCAAUGUACUUCUUCCUCAGCAACCUGUCCUUUGUAGACCUGGUUUACUCAUCAGCUGUAGCUCCGAAGAUGGUGGCUGCAUUGCAGUCAGGGAACAAAGUCAUCUCCUACAAUGGCUGUGCUGCUCAGUUAUUUUUGUUUGUGGGUUUUGCCACUGUUGAGGCUUACCUCCUGGCCUCCAUGGCCUAUGACCGCCAUGCAGCUAUCUGCAGGCCUCUUCAUUAUACCAGCACCAUGACCACAGGUGUGUGUGCCCUCCUGACAAUCAGCUCCUAUGCCUGUGGCCUCCUCAAUGCUUCCAUUCAAACGGCAAAUACCUCCAGGCUCUCCUUCUGUGGUUCUAAUGAAAUUAAUCACUUUUUCUGUGACAUUCCCCCACUCCUAGCGCUUUCGUGCUCCAACACACAUAUCAGCAAAUUGGUUGUCUUCUGUGUUGUUGGCUUUAAUGUCUUUUUCACCUUCCUGGUCAUCCUCAUCUCUUACCUCUUCAUAUAUAUUACCAUUCAGAGGAUACAUUCUGCUGAAGGAAGGAAGAAAGCCUUCUCUACGUGUGCGUCCCAUCUCACGGCAGUGUCCACAUUCUAUGGCUCAAUCAUCUUUAUGUACUUACAGCCCAGCUCCAGCCAAUCCAUGGGCAUGGACAAAAUAGCAUCUGUGUUCUAUUCUCUGGUGAUUCCCAUGCUGAACCCCUUGAUCUACAGCCUUCGAAACAAAGAAGUGAAAAAUGCUCUCUGGAAAAUACUCAACAUACUUCACUCCCAAUCUUCAGGUGUGAGAAGGAAAUAGGCAGAUACCUCAAAUAUCAGACCUAAAUGCCUUCAUGACUUUUGAGGUUUGACAGAUUUGUUUUUUCUUUAUCAGAAACAAUGGCUACUUCUGCUAUUAACAGAUGUUGUAAAAGCAGCCCUUUGAAAUGUCUCACUCAAGAAGAUAAUUUUAUUUUUGGUGAAUGGCAGCAUGGGACAUUUAUAUCCUUCUUGCAUUUGUUUCUUGACAUGGUUUAAAGCUAAAGAUGAAAACAAGCUGAAUGCACUGAAUUUCCCCUUCCUAUUUUUAAUGGGAAGAAAUUUCCACUCACUAUU